GGCGUGCGCUUGGACCAGCGGUCGGAUAGCUGUGGCUCUACUGGCGGAGACAUGGGCGCAGUGUGAUUACUCUUUUAAUGAAAAUCCGGACGGAAUUACUCACUUUGCUACAACACUCCUGUCCCCGCAGGACUUCUUGUAUAUCUUGUCUCAUGUGCGCCUGAGUGUGCCCUUUCCUUAACCGAGCAUGCUUUUUCCUUUGCCUUUGUUUGAUAUGAGACGGGAUUAAAAUCUCAGGGAGCGGACUGAACUGUCCGCUUAGUAAAAAGAGGCUAAUUUAGGCUGUAGCCUAACUUUUUUUUUAGGGCAGGGAUGUCUUCGGCACGGGUGGAUUACAUUGCGCCCUGGUGGACUUACUGGCUUCACAAUUUCCCCCAUAUCAACCUGAGGUUUCAGCCCACUGACAACAGCUUCCAACCUGAAGAAGAGAACUACCAGCAGUCUCUGAUAUUCCUGGGCUGCGUGGCGGCUGCAGGGCUCGGCCUCAACCUGCUCUGCCUGGCCAUCUACCUGAGCUGCCUGUGCUGCUGCCGCAAAGACGAAGAGGAGGAGAGCAAGAGGCCGAACUCCUGCUGCAUCACCUGGUCCGCGGUCACCGCCGGCCUCAUCAGCUGCGCCGCGGUGGGUGUGGGUUUCUAUGGCAACAGUGAGACUAACGACGGGGUGUACCAGUUGACCUACUCCCUUUACAAUGCCAAUCACACGCUGGAAGGUGUGGAUAGCCUGGUGACUGGCACCAUGGGCAGCAUGAAGAGCGGGCUGCACCAGCACCUUGCGAGGCUGGAUGAGAUCUUUGCCACACGGGGCGACUACGUGCAGACCCUGCAGUUCAUGCAGCAGAUGGCUGACAACGUGAUCAAACAGCUUCUGGGCCUACCUGACUGGGAAGAGGCUAAAGUAGACCUGGCCUCCAUCGCUGAUCAAACCGCAUACAUAGAAUAUUACAGGUGGCUGACAUACCUGCUGCUCCUCAUCCUGGACCUGAUCAUCUGCCUGCUGGCCUGUCUGGGCCUGGCCAAGCAGUCUCGCUGGCUGCUCACCACGAUGAUGGUGUUUGGGGUGCUGACCUUGAUCCUGAGCUGGGCCUCCCUGGGAGCUGACCUGGCCACUGCUGUGGGCACCAGUGAUUUCUGUGUGGCCCCUGACAAGUACCUCAUGAGCCAAACGAGGGAUAUCAUCAGUGCUGAUAUAGUCCAUUACUACCUGUAUUGCAACAACCAGACUCGCUCCAACCCCUUCCAGCAGGCUUUGACCAUCUUCCAGAGGUCCCUGACCACCAUGCAGAUCCAGGUCCAGGGUCUGUUGCAGUUCGCUGUUCCCCUCUUCCCCACUGCUGAGAGAGACCUCAUGGGCAUCCAGCAUUUGCUGAACUCCUCUGAGGCCAGCCUGCACCAGCUGACUGCCCUGCUGGACUGCAGGGGGCUCAACAAGGACUACCUGGAUGCGCUGGUGGGGGUGUGUUAUGACGGAGUAGAGGGUCUGCUCUACCUAUGCCUCUUCUCCAUCCUGGCAGCCUGUGCCUUCUGUGUCAUGCUGUGUGCCAUUCCCAGGGCAUGGAGACAAAUUGCCUGCAGGGAACGGGAUUAUGACGACAUCGACGAAGAGGACCCGUUCAACCCGCGAGCCAGGAGGACAGGCUCGCAGAACCCCAACCACGCCAACAUGCACAGCUUCUGCAGCUACAGCAGCAGCAUGGGCAGCCAGAGCAGCCUGCACCCGCCCGCCCAGGCUGUCUCCAACGCCCCCAUGUCUGAGUACAUGAACCAGACAGCUCUGUUCGGGGGAAAUCCGCGGUACGAGAACGUGCCUCUGAUAGGACGAGGCUCUCCACCUCCCUCGGUAUACUCUCAGCAGUAUAGAAACCGAUACUCCCCCAGUAUGCGGGCCACCUAUCUGUCCAUGACUGAGGAACAGAAUAGACACUUUGGCAACGACUUCCAGGCGUAGACUCGCUCCCUCCACUCUUCUCUUCUCACCUGUCCGGGAGGGAAACAGUGCCAUGUGACCACACACACGACCAUACACACUCAGCCGGCAAGAGUGUGUACCCGCAGCGCUGACCUUCUGGUGUAAACCAAUGAUGUGAUGGGGGGAAUGCCCCAUCAGUUUGUCUACUCCAGACAUCCCAGAGAACAGUGUGUACCAUCUCAGCAGUCCAGGACUCCAGCCUGUGCAGUCUCAGGACAAAUGGAACCGUAUCUGUAUUGUUCCACCUGUUGUGGGCCCAUAACUGUUUAAUCACACUUUUACACCCCAAGCCUUUUUGUGGGAUAAAUUAGGCUUAAAAUUAACUUCCUUGCUGUUUCUUCAUUGUGUUGGUUUACUACCUGACACAAGUUUUAAAACAUUUGUUGAAAAGUGUAAGAAACAGUAUCUAUUUGUGGAGUUGUGGUUGGGAAAAACGAGGUGUGAUGAUAGUGAUUUGAUUUUCUAUGCCUGCUUGAGUCAUUCAAAUAAAACAUGCAGAUGAAAUGGAUGAGUAGAGUAAACAACUUUGAUGAGAAUGAACUUCUCACAGUGCUAUCCAUAUUAAUUUGUAUCCACUGAUGUGAAGCUUGUAAAGAAACAUGGAAGCAUGUUUAUGUGCCUAUAACUACUCCCUUUUCCUCAAAGCCAGUAUUCCCCAUAACAUAACAACCAAUUUUUAAUUUUCUCUCUCUUGCUAAAGAUAUACUCUCUCUCUCUACACCUCUUCAAAAGAACACUGGAUACGUUUUUACAUACCUUUAGACCCCAAAGAGAAAAACAAUGUAUGAAAUACUGAACAUAAAAGUCUCCUCUUUAUUAACAAAACUGAUUAGCUGAUAUAAUCAUGCCACAAUGUCUCUGCGCUAUGCUCUGUGCUUGAUUUUUGUAAAGCACAAACCCAACACUGACAGUGAAUAACAGGAGGUCUUGUCCAGGCCUAAUCUCAAUAAUCAUUUACACACACACACCCAAACACACACACACACACACACACACACACACACACACACACACACACACUGAAUAUUAAUGCUGUUUCAAAACUCACUUGCAGGACUACCUUGAGACCAUGGCUUCUGUAAAUAAGUUGUACAAUUAGAGACUGUUGUCUCAUGUUGUUGUGACUUUUUCCCCCCUAAAUGUAUUUUUGGUUGUCCCAAAUGUGCUAGCCUGGCCUGGUGCUGCCACACAGCUCUCAAAGCAUUUUUUCUCAUUCUCUAGGGGCCAUUUGAUUCAUGUUAGCUGAGAAAUGUGUGCAUAUCAUCUAAUUCAACUAAUGCCAUAGAAAUCUAUGUUGGGUCAACACUUAGAAAGUUGUGCUGCUCUAACUAUAACAUAUUGAAAUUAUUCAGAUGACUAAUGAUUUUUUUUUUCUUUUUUUCACUUUUUACAAAUCAAACCACCAAAAUAGUGCAUAUUUCUAUUGAACAGUAUUGUUUUCAUAUGGGUUUAAUACAUGAAAUUACUUUUUUUAAUGAUUUUGUUCAUUGUUGUUUGUUUGUUUAAUUGCAUGUUACACUGUACAGCCAUUGAGCGUGGUGCUUACUUUUGUGUGUGACUCCCAACAGGGGUCUAAUUGUGAGUUGAAUAAAAUAGUUUUGAGUAGA